AUGUCUGCCCUUAAGCCCAUUGUUUUAUACUCCCAUGCCAGAGGCCCUGUUCCGUGGAGAGUCGGCAUCCUACUCGAGGAUUUAAAGGUCCCUUAUGAGAGCAAGUACCUUGAAUCCUCUGAAAUGAAUUCAGAACCCUUUAAGUCUCUCAACCCGAACCGUAAAGCUCCCGCUAUUGAGGAUCCUAACACCGGGAUAAGACUAUUUGAGGCAGGCGCUAUCAUCCUCUACAUUCUUGACACUUACGAUAAAUCUGGAACUUUACACUCCCUCUCCGGCCCAGAGAAGUACUCUGAACUGGCGUGGAUGCAAUUCCAGGCGACCGAACAACACAUGUACUAUAGUCAACAGGCCUGGUUCUUGUAUAAACACCCAGAGCAUGUUCAGUCUGCCCUCGAUCGCUAUGAAUGGACGAUCAAACGCACCAUUCAGAUACUCGACGAGCAUCUCAAAAAUACUGGCAAGAGCUACCUCACCGGCGACAAGGUCACUUUCGCUGACCUUGUCUUUGUGGUUACCAACGAGAUGGCCCUCCUUUAA